AUGAUGGAUGGGGUUCUUUUGGUUAAUGAGAUUGUCAAUUGGUCGAAGAUGAAGAAAAGAAGUUGUCUUUUGCUCAAGGUGGACUUCGAAAAGGCUUAUGAUUCUGUUUCUUGGCAAUAUCUUAGAGAAACUAUGACUAUGAUGGGUUUUGGAGAAAGGUGGAUGAGGUGGAUGGAAGCUUGCAUUUUUAAUAACAACAUGUCCGUUUUAGUUAAUGGAAGUGCUACGAAAGAAUUUAAGGUGCAUAGGGGUCUAAGACAAGGUGAUCCUUUGUCUCCGUUUCUUUUUGUUCUUGCCAUGGAGGGCUUAACCGCUCUCGUGAAAAGGUCGGUUGAUUUGGGUAAAUUCAAGCCUUUCAUGUAUGGGGAUGGGGAGUUAGUGGACAUUCUUCAAUUCGCGGAUGAUAUCAUUAUUCUAGGAGAAGCAUCUUGUGACAACAUUUGGAACUUAAAGGUUUUAUUGAGAGGGUUCGAGUUGGUGUCCGGGUUGAAGAUUAAUUUUUAA